AUGAGCAUUAUCACUGAGAAUAAUGAUAUUGAAGAUAUUAAAAUCGAAGGAGAAUAUGAUGGUAUUAUUGAAUUGGACCAAUGGUUUGAUCCUAAGGCCGAGAACAGUGUUCUAUUGAUAUUGAACCAAAGGAUUAAGUUAGAUCAUUCGGCAUUUGAGGCAUUAUGGAACUCAUAUACAAUCAAAAUAUGUGCUGAUGGGGCUGCCAAUCGAUUAUUCGAUUAUUAUCGUGAUAGCGAUGGUAAGAGGUAUCACCCCGACGUAAUUGCAGGUGACAUGGAUUCAAUUAGGGAAGACGUACUUGAAUAUUAUGAAGCAAUAGAAACAACCACAGUUAUUAAGCAAAACACGCAAUAUUCCACAGAUUUUACCAAGAGCGUCAAUGUUGCCACUUUGUUGCUAUUGGGCAUCGACUUGAAUGCAGUUGAAAUCAAUGAGUAUGAUGGAAUUCAUAAGCUAUACCAACAGGCCGAUAAAAGCCAAUUGAAAGAUAUACCAUUACUUAUCCUAAAUGGUAUUGAUGGCAGAUUCGAUCAUACCAUACAUUCCAUGGUACAAUUUUACGCUUUACGGCGUCAGGACCCGUACUUUAAAAUGUGUUUUUUAACUAUGAGUGAUAUGAUCAUCCUCAUCCCAUCCUCCAAAAAAGGAUACUGGUUGAAACUAGACAAAGUCAAGCCAUUGAUUGGGAACUGUGGAUUACUGCCACUAGCCGGGCCAAACAUAAUAACCAAGACUAAAGGUUUGAAAUGGGAUGUUGAAGACUGGCCCACAAGUAUUGAAAGUGGUAAUGUCAGCAGCAGUAAUCGGUUCGUGGGAGAAAACUGCCUGAUUGCCUGCGAAGAGUCAAUUGUGAUGAGCGUCGAACUGAAAUGGGAUAAAAUAACGCAGCAUUUGAUAGAUGAAUCGGAGUAA